AUGGCUCCUAGAACCGACAGGCCUUCAAGCGAUGGGUUUGGCAUGUUGGCUGAAUCGCCUACGAGCAGAAAGGCAGCAUUUACACUUCCACCAUUACCUCCAUUCCCAAUGAAACCUACAACCGAGAAGCCAUUGGAUCAUGUUCUUACUCCUGCUGUUUACGCUUCUCAAGAAAAGUCGAGUUUAGAAUUUGCAGAGAGGAGGUUACAACAAAUUGCCUCGAGGUGCGAUAUCGCGAAGAAUCGUGCUAUGCGUAUUUUUUCCACAAUCAGUUGUUACAGUUCUAAGUCUUCUGUUGGUGCCUGUGCAAGUUCUGAAGAGAAUCUUUCUGAUAUGACGGAGUCCAGUUCGGAUGAAGAAACAAGUCAAGGAUCUUGCCAACACUCAGACGCAAAUUGGCGCAAGGCUAUUCCACUUCUCUCAGAAGAUGGCGUCACCGAGAAACAGCUUGAAAUGUUGAGUCGAACUCGUCCGGUUGAGAGGUCCGAAAAGUCUAGGCACUCCUAUUAUGAUCUUGCUUCCUUAUCUCAGUUGGACUUCACUUUCCCAGGUGGUGCUCAACCGUCGCAUUUAGUACAUCCACAUUGUCAGGAAGCCUUUGCCAUGGGGUGCAUUUAUUGUUGUCCUGCUUUCAACAGAAAUGGAAGUGAAGUUGCCGUCUCUUCGGCCGUUCCCAGUAUCACUGCACGUUCGAUCACCGUAGAUAGACCCGAUCAUAAUUUCCAUCUAUUUGGAAGUAUGAAGCCCUCCGGAAAUGACUCAUCACUCACCUGUGUGCAUUACCAAAGUGGUGUAGAUGGAAUCCCUUCUCGCUUGUCUGGGGUGUCAUCAACAAGUUCAAAGGAUGGUCAUGACCCCCGGCGCCACCCCACAUUGAGGCCUGCUUGUCGAUCCCCCAGCUACUCAAGGGCUUCAGGUAUGAACAGUCGCCACAAGUUUCACUUCGAUUUCUUACCCUCGAAUAACGGCAAAGGAAGGAUCUACGGUCUCCAGCAGUCUAAGAAUAUGAAAGAAAUACCUAUUCCUUUGUGGCGAAAGGUCCCAUACCCAACUUCUUUCGAUUCUGUAAAACGAUCGGGAGCAACUGCAAGUCCACCAGGCGCUCCUUGUUCUGAUUUUCCUCCUCUCAGCUCAACCUUACGUAACUAUAAGGUUAGUGUAUCUCCAUUUGAUUGCAAACACCUUAAAGAUACCGAAAAUGCGCAUUAUGAGAAACCACACGUUGCCGAGGAGGUCUCUGAACGGCAUCGCAGAGCAGGAUUCACUUCCCCUGGUUCACUUUUGCCAGCUUCACCUCCACCAAAUGAUCCCUAA